UCCUCUUUCCGCGAAGACUAGAUCCUUAGCUGUGCUAAAGGAACAGGUGCUCGGUCCUUCUCUGAAGCUAAGGCCUUUCAAUCCGGCGACUAGCACCAUUACAAUUAGGCAUCCAUUGCCAAAAAUAUAAAAUCUAUCAAGUACAAUGGCCUCCGUCUCCGAACUCGCUUGUAUUUACUCUGCUCUCAUCCUCCACGACGAUGAAGUCACCGUCACAGAGGACAAACUGAAUGCCCUCAUUAAGGCCGCUGGGGUGACUGUUGAACCUUUUUGGCCCAGUCUUUUCGCAAAGGCCUUGGCCAGUGUGGACAUCGGCUGUCUGAUCAGCAGCGUGGGUGCUGGUGGUGGAGGAGCACCUGCUGGCCCUGCCGCGGGUGGGGCUGCUGCCACCACUGCUGCUGCCCCAGCUGCGGAGGAGGAGAAGAAAGAGGAGAAGAAGGAAGAGUCUGAGGAGUCCGAUGACGACAUGGGAUUCGGUCUCUUUGACUAAAGUUUUUUACCCUUCAAAAAAAUAAAGAAAAAUAAGAAAA